AUGACUGCUGUUCAAUUUCUCUGCCUCCUCCUCUGUUUCUCCUUCACCCCUUCUCUGCAACACGUCAGCGAGUCUGAGCCGCUCAUGCGGUUCAAAAGCUCAGUGAAUAUAACCAAAGGGGACCUGAAUUCAUGGAGAACAGGAACCGAUCCUUGCAAUGGCAAAUGGUUUGGUAUCUACUGUCAAAAAGGUCAAACAGUCUCCGGUAUUCAUGUCACUAAGCUGGGUCUCUCUGGGAUCAUCCAUAUCGAGGAUCUAAAUGAUCUCCCAAACCUAAGAACAAUCAGGCUCGACAAUAACCUUCUUUCAGGCCCACUCCCUCCUUUCUUCAAGCUUCAUGGCCUGAGAUCCCUCUUGCUAUCAAACAACAGCUUCUCUGAAGAGAUUGCUGAUGAUUUCUUCAAGGAUAUGCAACAGCUCAAGCGGGUGUUUUUAGAUAACAACCGUUUUGCUGGGAAAAUUCCCGCGUCCGUGAUGCAACUCCCGGGCCUGGAGGAGCUUCACUUGCAAGGCAACCAGUUCUCUGGUGAGAUACCUUUGCUUACAGAUGGCAACAUGGUUUUGAAAUCUCUCGACCUCUCCAAUAAUAACCUGGAGGGAGAGAUCCCGAAGAGCAUUGCAGAAAGAAAGAAUCUACAGAUGAACUUCCAAGGGAACCAGAAGCUUUGUGGACAGCCGCUGAAUAUCAAAUGUGAUGAUAAACCAUCAUCACCAGGGAGAGACCCAAACGAGGUCACGGGGAAAGCCGUCUUUAUGGUCAUAUUUUUUCUUUUGAUAUUCUUGAUCUUGGUGGCAAUUAUAACAAGAUGGAAGAAGAAGAGGCAGUCCGAGUUCCGGAUGCUCGGCAAGGACCAUCUAAAUGACCGUGAAAGCGGGGAAGUCCGUUUGCCAGAGUCGGUAAAGAAGCCUGCUGAGUCAACCAAGAAGCGGAGUAACGCCGACGGUUCCUCUAAGAAAGGUUCAAAUCAUCAUGGGAAAGGUGGUCCUGGAGGAGGCGGCAUGGGAGACAUUAUAAUGGUGAACAGCGAGAAAGGCGCCUUUGGUUUACCUGAUCUCAUGAAGGCUGCAGCCGAAGUGCUGGGAAAUGGUAGUCUUGGAUCGGCUUAUAAGGCCGUAAUGGCUAACGGAUUAUCUGUGGUUGUUAAGAGGAUUAGGGAUAUGAACAAGCUCACACGUGACGCAUUUGAUGUCGAGCUACAACGGUUUGGGAAACUACGACAUCCUAACGUUCUUACCCCUUUAGCUUAUCACUAUCGUCGCGAAGAAAAGCUUGUCGUCUCCGAGUACAUGCCUAAAAGCAGUCUACUCUACGUUUUGCACGGAGAUCGAGGGAUUUAUCAUUCCGAGCUAACUUGGCCAACAAGGUUGAAGAUCAUACAAGGGGUCGCACGUGGGAUGCAGUUCCUGCACGAAGAGUUUGCGUCCUACGACCUUCCACAUGGAAAUCUUAAAUCCAGUAACGUUCUACUAAGUGAAACCUAUGAGCCAUUAAUCAGUGAUUACGCAUUCCUCCCGUUUCUUCAGCCUAACAACGCCUCACAGGCUUUAUUCGCUUUUAAAUCACCAGAGUUCGCUCAAAACCAGCAAGUUUCACCAAAAUCAGACGUCUAUUGCCUCGGAAUUAUCCUUCUUGAGGUCAUGACGGGGAAAUUUCCUUCGCAGUACCUAAACAAUGGUAAAGGCGGGACGGAUAUCGUUGAAUGGGUGCAAUCUUCAGUUGAGCAGCAUAAAGAAGAAGAACUUAUUGAUCCAGAGAUAGCAAGUAAUACUGAUUCGUUGCAACUAAUGGUGGAAUUGCUGCGGAUCGGGGCUGCUUGUAUUGCAAGUAAUCCAGAUGACAGAGAAACCAUGAAGGAAACUGUUACAAGGAUAGAAGGAAUAACGAUUUGA